UGCUUAAAAAGCAGAUCACCCUGUAUGGCGCAUAAAAAGGCAAUCGAUUCCCAAUAAGCUCUACGCGCUAGCAACGAACUACAGGAUGAAUGCACCAGCAGUUGAUAAGAGCGGCAAUGGAAUCUCCUCCAAUGCAAAGUCUGCUCGAUUCGCUACGGCUAAAAGCGUCCAAGUCUACGAAGAGGCUUCGGAAAUAAUCGAGGCGACAAUGGCUGCUGUAUUGGACUUUUUCCACACGGCAUUCUUGUGCGAUGAGGAGAUUCUUGGUGGCGCAGCGGAAGGAGACGGGAUGACGGGCUGCCAGUUCAUCGACGUUGGAUGUGGACCGGGAACUUUCACGCUCAAGCAGCUGUUGCCUCGCCUGCCGUCCCGUUGCCAGCUACUUGUGGCGGUUGACAACUCGGAGGCCAUGUUGGAAUUUGCCCGAGAGAAUCGUGCUCACCCGAGAAUCGAGUACAGAGCCCUGGACCUGGCAUCUGUAGACGAUACCUCUGACUUCGUACGUGAAUAUGGACGCUUCCAGAGGGUUUACUCAUUCUUGGCAAUUCACUGGACAGCUGAUCAGCGCCAAGCCAUGCAGAACAUCGAGACGCUGAUGGCCCCGGGCGCAGAGUGCUUCGUGGUUUUCUCGGACAACAUAGUGCUGUUCGACAUCUUCAAGGCCAUGGUGGCUUCGCCGCGGUGGACUAAGUUUGCCGAAGUGUUGAAGGCGUACAUUCCUGAGACUACCGAAAUGAAGCAUGUCACGGCACUGCGUUCACACCUGAUCAGCCUCGUCUCAGCGACGAAGCUCACUCCGCUUGCUUGCGAAGUGAUUCGUACCAAGCUCAUCAUGAAAUUGAACAAACAAACUUCUCUAGACUUCUUCACAUUGCUAAAUCCUGUCUACCCUUUGUUGGGAGAAGCAGAAAAGGCCGAACUGAAAACGUUCACGAUCGACUUUCUCACUAAGCACAAAGGCAGCGGGGACCCUUAUAAAGAACAGACCAUGCUUGUCAUUCACGCGUGUAAGUCUGUUAGCUAAAAAAAUAACUCUACAGACAAUAAAAUACCAAUAUAAUAUUGAA